AAAUCUUCAGACUUUUCCAUCAACUAUUAUUCCGAACGAACCAAAUUACAACACAUUUUCCCUCAGUUUCUUCAACACAUUUUCUCAUUUUUUAACACUCUUAUACAUUGAGACACUACUGUAAACUUCAUAAUGGGUAUAUUGGAAAGAAUAUCAGAAAUUGAGGCAGAGAUGGCAAGAACCCAGAAAAACAAAGCAACAAUGGGACAUCUUGGGUUACUGAAAGCUCGCCUCGCUAAAUUAAGACGUGAACUUAUUGAACCAAAAGGUGGAGGAGGUGGUACUGGAGAUGGUUUUGACGUUGCCAAAACUGGUGAUGCAAGAAUUGGUUUCGUGGGUUUUCCCUCAGUCGGGAAAUCAACACUGUUAAGUAACUUGGCAGGAGUGUAUUCUGAGGUAGCUGCUUAUGAAUUUACAACUUUGACAACAGUACCAGGUGUCAUUAAAUAUAAAGGUGCUAAAGUCCAGCUCCUUGAUUUACCUGGUAUUAUUGAGGGUGCAAAGGACGGUAAAGGGAGAGGAAAACAGGUCAUUGCAGUGGCAAGGACGUGUGGUUUGAUUUUUAUUGUGCUGGACGUUUUGAAACCUUUACAGCAUAAAAAACUGAUAGAAAAAGAAUUGGAAGGCUUUGGUAUACGACUAAACAAACAACCACCUAAUAUAGGAUAUAGAAAGAAAGAAAAAGGAGGAAUAAAUUUGCAAACACUUGUUCCGCAAUCUGAAUUAGACAUUGACACAGUGAGAACAAUCCUAAAUGAGUACAAAAUAAAUAAUGCCGAUAUUGUGUUGAGAGACGAUUGCACAGCAGAUGAUUUGGUGGAUGUUGUGGAAGGAAAUCGUGUUUUCAUUCCAUGUAUUUAUUUACUCAACAAGAUUGACCAGAUUUCCAUAGAGGAAUUGGAUAUCAUUUAUAAAGUUCCGCAUUGUGUUCCCAUAUCAGCUCAUCACAAAUGGAAUUUUGACGAUUUACUAGAAAAAAUGUGGGAAUAUUUACAACUUGUUAGAAUAUACACAAAACCUAAAGGUCAGUUACCCGAUUACACAGCACCUGUUGUACUGAAAGGUGGAAGGAAUUCAGUGGAAGAUUUCUGCAACAAACUACACAGAAGCAUUAUGAAAGAAUUUAAAUGUGCCUUGGUAUGGGGAACAUCAGUAAAACAUCAGCCACAAAAAGUAGGAAGAGAUCAUGUAUUAUGUGAUGAAGAUGUAGUACAGGUCAUAAAAAAGAUUUAAGAAGAUUCAAAGCUGUCUGUGUUUACUUUAUCAAAUGGAAGAUAUAUAAAACCGCCUUAAAUUGAACUAAAGCAAGAUCAUUACCCCAUAAAAUUACUGACAUGUUAUUUGUGUAUAGUGAACUUUAUAUUUUUAUGAGGAGAUGAGAGCUCAGUGUAUAUAUUGAUAUACGGGGUAAAUUGGACUUGUGUACAUUUCUAAACUUUCACUAAGUUAAAUGAUUAUGUUGCUAUGACUGCAAUAAUAUUCAUUUACUAGUUAAUUGUUCUGUGAAAAUAUUUUCUGUUUUAAACCAAAUGUUCGGGUUGACUCUAAAAUAAAAAAGUCAGUUUCUCAUGAAA